AUGGGCAAGGGCGAGCGGGCUCUUGAAUGCCUGAGAAAUAUUCACAGGAGGAAUUAUCCGCACAACGAAAAUGAGCUGGAGUAUUGGGAGUCUCUCGACAGUCUCGAGGACGAUCUUCCCUUCUCGGGGACGCUGAGCACCGGAGAAUUCAAGACCUACGUCCCGAAGGGCGUCCGGCCGCCCUGUUACAGCGCGAUUAUCGUCUUGCAGAUUCAAUUCGUUUUCCAGUUGUCCUACUUCACCAUGAGUUACUGGUUUCCCGAUCUGAAGUGCCGGCAGGUUCUGUGGUUCCAAAUUCCGACGGUCCGGGCCGAGUGCAAACUCGGGGUGAAAUCACUCGAGGAUAAAUACUCCUCGCGUAACGGAAACGAAUUGGCAUCAUCAACCUGCAGCUCGUUAAGAAUCGACCCCGGUUUCGAAACAGGAGCGCUGUUUGUCGCUCUCGCUACCCUGCCGUUUUUGGCCUGGAUGUUUAUGCGUAUGGAUCAAUCGGGCAGACCUAUUUUCAUAGCUACGAGUCACGUAAUCGGUGGCUUUCUUUCGUUCUGCGUGCAUUACGUGAUCGGUACGAAAUACACUCUGUUUUAUACGAGCUUGAUGGAAGCAAUGUGGAUCGUCAGCGGGACCGCGUCGUCAUGCCUCGUCGUGGAAUUGUCGAAAACGCAGACUCGGGUUCUCGGCGUUGGGUUUGCGAAAAGUCUUGGAUACUUGGGAAUGGCGAUGGGAACGCAUGGUUUACUUUUGACGGAAGGAGCAGGUUGCAUUGCCGUCAUAUCCUUGAGUGGUGUAAUGUUAACAGAUCAGCGAUGCAGCAGUGCAGUUGGUUACGACAUACGAAAUCUCGACUGACUCGGUGACCUUGAAAAUUAUUUUCAAAAACAAAAGACGCACGAUAUGUUUUAUUAUACAUAUAGAGUGCUGAUUUUUUCAGAUUUUGACGCGAUCUCGC